AAUAUGAGUGUGUAUAUAAGCUGAUAGAUGGGCAAUUAAAAAGUCAGUUCUGUUUGAAAUUUUUUCGAAGAUGAAUCUUACGUAUUUGGUGAUAUUCGCUCUUCUGAGCAUCGUAGGUGCUGCUCCAACCAACGAUCUUCAACACGAUUUGAGAAAAGCUACGGAGGACGCUCAAAUACUCAUCAAUAAGGAUGAGAUAAGAGCUUCGAUUACCUUAGCUAAGUCAAUUAUGGCGCAUAAUUUUGCAACUAAAGAGGAAAAUGAUCAGUUGCAGUCAUAUUGCGAUAAGUUAAGCACUUGGAAUGUUACCAUCUCUAGAGAUUUUACUCGACUAGAAGAAACUGGCAUACCUAAAUUUUCAAAGGCGGAUCUCGAUCCGUAUACAAAUGGGGAAUAUGACAAAAUAAUAUCUGAUUUUGAAGCUCUAAAAGCUCAACGAUAUGCGACAUGUAAGGCAAACGCAAUGGAAAUUCUAGAAGCAGCAAAGAAAUCAGGAGUCACACAUAUUCUCAUAGAUAACAUAUCAAAAUUUAACGAUCUAACAGACGAAAAGUUUGUCUCUGAAAUUACCCGAUAUCUGUCAUAAUAAACAAAAUUUCAU